UUCGGAGACGAAACGGUCACUGCACUUCCGCUUCUGCUACUGGCCCGCAGAAGCGGUGUUCUCCAGAGUUUAACCCCAUCAGAACGAGAAAUUUAGUAUUUCGCAGGAUUUUCCUGAAGUCACCGGUGUCUGAAAUACAAAUACUGAGCAAGCGCUGCAGUGGCGGCCGGGUGUGUUUCCGUGGACUGUUGAUUAUGGUGUAAGACGGAGCGGUUUACCAGACUCAGAGACAGCAGGUGAGAGAGAGGGCGCCAUGCUGACGUUGGCGAGUAAGCUGAAGCGGGAUGAUGGCGGGAAGGCAGGCCGCGCCCCCAGCGGCCCCUCUGACUCCUCCCACCGGGUGUCCAUCCGGGACCGGCUACUGAUCAAAGAAGUUGCAGAACUUGAAGCCAACCUUCCAAGUACCUGCAAGCUCAACUUCCCUGACGUGAACAAGCUUCACUCCUUUCAGCUGGCCGUGUCCCCCGAUGAAGGCUACUACCAGAGUGGAAAAUUCCACUUCGAGAUCGACGUCCCCGAAGCCUACAACAUGGUGCCUCCCAAAGUGAAAUGCCUGACCAGAAUAUGGCAUCCCAACAUCACGGAGAGCGGAGAGAUCUGCCUAAGCCUGCUGCGGGAGCACUCCAUUGACGGCACGGGCUGGGCUCCCACCAGGACGCUGAAGGACGUGGUGUGGGGACUCAGCUCAUUAUUUACCGAUCUGCUGAAUUUCGACGACCCGUUGAACAUCGACGCGGCCGAACAUCACCUGCGGGACAAGGAGGACUUCCGGGUCAAAGUUCAGGACUUCAUCAAGAGCUACGCCAGAUGAUGACAGCGUCAGCUGCGCCGGCUGCCUAUGACUGCGCAGCUCCGCCCCCCGCCCCGCCCCCCAGCUCCGCCCCCGCCCAGCCCCGCCCCCCCGCGUUCCCCCGGGCCCCCCCCCCACCCCCCAGCUCUGUGCAUUUCCAGCUCUCCUCACCAGACUGCAAUACGUGACCACCAAAAAAAAAACAAAAAAACAACACACGCCUAGAUGUUCAAAUUUUAACAGAAGGGAAAAGAAGGAAAGUCCUCUCCGGAAUCCCGCACGGGAAAAUCACGGCAGAGGAGAGGUGAAGAGGAACGUCUCUUUUUUUCCCCCUCUUUUGUCAGGGCUCGGUGGCGAGUCAGAUCAGGUGACACCCCCUAAUCCCCCCCCCCCCCCCCCCCCAGGUGGCGAGAGUUUAGUUCUUUUAACUUUGAAAAGGGGUGUCCACGUAAGGAGGAAAACCCAACGACGAUGAUAAUCAGGACAGCCGUGAAGUGGACAGACUGCUGGAUAAUGCCUCGUUCUCUCAGUGCUAGUGCCUGCCCCCAACCCCCCGCCCCCCCUUUGUUUGCAGAAAAAAAAGAGAAAGACCCAAGUAUCUGAACGGGGACAAAAAAGAAAAUGAAAAUAAAAAUGAAAACGAGCACUCUGAAGUUAAACCACAUUGCCUGUUCCCACACCUGAUCGCAUGCCAAUUGCCAAGAUCUCCCCCCCGCCCCCCCCCAUCCCCUCCCCUGGAUCUCGGUCUUUGUACUUGGCGUUGCCCGGUGACGUUGUACAAUCCGCGCAGAUUGGAUUCUGCUGUGCUACACACCUUUGACAUUUGACCUUUUGACCCUGUACCUCACCGAGCGAAAGUGAUCAAAAUGAAAAAAAAAAGAAGAAAAAGAUUAUGCUCUUUUGAUUGCUCUUUUCAGAAUGUGGGGUGGGGUGGGGUGGGGGGUUACUUCCUGUGUCCUCACUUCCUGCCUCUCCCAACACACUCCCCCUGCUGUGCUGUACUGUCUGAGUAAGUGUGAAAUGUUGCCGGGCCCUCCCUACACAUAUGUACACACACACACACACACGUACACACAAACCACAAUAAUAAUAAUAAUAAUAAUAAUAAUAAUAGUAUUAACUAUUUAUAAAGCGUUUCUCGAGCAUUGUGACAUAAUAGUCGAUAAGAUGGAAAUAUCAACAUCGCGAUGACACAUAAAACAAUAAUUAAAACAUGUCAGUGGUAAAACAAUGAAAAAGAGAAUAAAAGCCAAAAACAUGUACGUAUACACACAUACAUACACACACAUACACACACUCGCAUACUCUCACUCACACAUCCUCACACACACACACUCACUCUCACUCACACACACACAUUCACUCACACACACUCUCACUCACACACACACAUUCACUCACACACACUCACUCUCACUCACACACACACACACACACACACACAGCACAUCUCCACCCCUCCCGACUCCAGUGCUGUGUGCUGGUGUAUUGGAAGGUGUGUGUAAAUGUGUCUGUGUGGUGUACUGUAGGUCUAUGUCCGAGUGUAUGCUUGGGUUCGUUAUGGCUCAUUGGUGCUUCAGCAUGCCGUCUAUGUCAGGUGCGUACUGGAUGUGUGGGUGUGUGUGGUUGGUGUGUGUGUGUUCGCUGAGGGGUGUGUGUGUGUUUGCUCUGUGUGACUGCAGACAGGUGUGUGUGUGUGUGUGUGUGUUUGCUGUAUGACGGCAGACAGAUGUGUGUGUGUUCGCUGUAUGACUGCAGACAGGUGUGUGUGUGUGUGUGUUUGCUGUGUGACGGCAGACAGGUGUGUGUGUGUUUGCUGUGUGACGGCAGACAGGUGUGUGUGUGUGUGUGUGUGUUCGCUCUGUGACUGCAGUGUGUGCAUGUUUUCUCUUGUGUGACGGUAAACAGGUCCGUUUUGUGUGUGUGUGUGUGUGUGUGUACACAGGUGUGUGUGAGUGUUUGCUCUUUGUGACGGUACACAGGUGUGUGUGUGUGUUUGCUCUGUGUGAUGGUACACAGGUGUGUGUGUGUGUUUGCUCUGUGUGAUGGUACACAGGUGUGUGUGUGUUUGCUCUGUGUGACGGUACACAGGUGUGUGUGUGUGUGUGUGUGUACACAGGUGUGUGUGUGUUUGCUCUGUGCGACGGUACACAGGCGUGUGUUUGCUUGCUCUGUGUGAUGGUACACAGGUGUGUGUGUGUUUGCUCUGUGUGACAGUACACAGGUGUGUGUGUGUGUGUAUACACAGGUGUGUGUGUGUUUGCUCUGUGCGACAGUACACAGGCGUGUGUGUGUUUGCUCUGUGUGAUGGUACACAGGUGUGUGUGUGUGUGUGUGUGUGUGUACACAGGUGUGUGUGCAGGAGUGACAGGUCAGGUAGCAUGUGCCGGGCCCCUCUCCUCUCCUGACCGCUUCUGUCAUCACGCCCCCACAGAACCGUGAAGGCCUGUCCCCUUAUUUAAACUCUUUGCUUUCUCAGAGUUGUAUAUCCAUUUUUUAAAAAAUAUAUUAAAGAGGAAUUAUAAGGACAAAAAAAAAA